CAUCCUUUAAGCGGCAAGUGGCUUUGAUUCAUACUGUGCCUGUUGGCAAGGCUGAGAGCAAAGGUAAGUGAAUCCAUAAAUUAUAUAACAUUGCGAGAAUACAGAUAACAGGAAGUCUUGUAAUUAUCUUCAUACAAAGGUGGAAUGAACAAGAGCCAUCGCCUGCCACCUGUAAUAUGGAAGCCGAGGCCCCAUCGACGAAAUGGAAGGCUCUACUGGAGCUCCUAUAGGAACAUCAAACACGUCUCUGGCACCUGCGGAAUCUACUGCUGUGCCAGAGCCUGGCGAGUCGUUUCGAGAGUAUAGGAUCACGCAUUCUUCGAAGCACCGUGACUAUCUCCUUCAUAUGUCAACACCCACAUCUAAGUCAGAAAUCACGCACUAUGUUGGGAAAGUCUUGAGAAUCUUUCCGUCUCUUCCAAUACUUAUCGCCUGAAAGUUAAACUCGGAGACAGCUCAAGAACAGUUCUCUGAAAAAGUACUCCCAGCCCCGAUGGGUCCUCGGAGGCGUCGAUAUUCUCCAAAUGCUACACCUGAAGCUUCUCGAUGAGGCCACAGGCAAGUUGAUAUUGGCAGGCGAGGCUGAAGUCUCUGGUUCGGUGAGGCUAUAAUAGUAGCGCACGGACCAAGGGGACCACUGGGAUAACAACAACAUAACAGCUUGGUAGAUUAUAGCAUCUAUCCGCCUUACCUUGUUCCCAAACUACCUUGAACUCGCCCACAUGGUUCAUACGUGAAAAGAACUCGAAAUGCGCGGCCAAUGCUACACUGAAAUUUCCUCAUAACCUAGACCAGCAAUUCGUGAAACCCCCACCACGGCCCAACAACUACUCGCUACCCCCCCGACGUCCAAGCCAUGGCCUCUUCCACCCCCGACCUAAGCACGGCCACGGCCGCCGAAGUCUUCAAGCAGCCCCUCCCCACAGUCCGCCUGCUGCACCGCCAACUCCACACAUCCCUCGAUGAGAAGAAUGCGCGCCUGCGCACGCUUGUGGGCGGCUCGUACCGACAGCUGCUGGGCACGGCUGAGAUGAUUGUGGAUAUGCGGCGCGACAUUGAGGUUGUGGAGGCGAAACUUGGUGGCGUGGCGGAUGGAUGCGGGGUGGCUGUUGUUGGGCACAGGGUCGCUGCGCUGGGGAAGCUGGGGGCAAGGGCGGGACACGGUGAUGCGGAGAGGAGGCUAGGAAGGGCGGCGAGGGUUAAGGUUCUUGGAGGCUGUGUGAUUGCCAUUGGACGAUUGCUAAGAGGGAGGGAAGGGGAAGUGAGGAAAGGAAGGCGAUUGGUGACGACGGCGAAGACGUUAGUGCUUUCAAGACUGUUAGUUAAGAGCUUGGGUGAUGACGGGGAGGACGAGGACGAGGACGAGGACGAGGACGAGGAAGCGGUGAUUGCGGAGUUAAAGAGGAAACUCGGGUCUCUGCGACGACGUCUACUGAGAACCGUGGAAAGGGCAAUGGAGAACCUGGAUGGGGAUAGAGAAGAGCUGGUGAAUGCGCUGUGUGCGUACAGUCUGGCUACAAGCUCGGGCGCGAGGGAUGUGCUGAGGCAAUUCCUGCAUGUGAGGGGUGCCGCAAUGUCGACCGCUCUUGACAUCCAGGAAGAGGGAGAUCUGGGCGAGGGAGGAAUGCAAAAGCAUAUUAUACACGCGCUGGGAUUAUUGGCCAAGACUUUGGUUGAUGUGCAGGCAUUGGUGCCGAGGCGGUUAGCUGAUGCGCUUUUAAACUUGAAAGGAGAUCAUUUACUGAAAGAUGAAGGUGUCAGGGAGCUAGAAGGCCUGAGACUAGAUAUAUGCGAGAGGUGGUUUGGAGACGAAAUCACAUACUUCACGCCGUAUAUCCGGCAUGACGAUCUGGAUGGCCCGCAAUCAGUCGCAACACUAAAGGGAUGGGCAAAGAAGGCCUCUGAAGUAUUCCUGGAGGGCUUCGAGAAACUUUUAGAGGCAGUCCAGAACUUCAGCGCUGUGGCCGAAUUAAGGACCAAGGCUUUCGAAGAGUGGGUUGCUGAAGGAGGGAAGGCCAGGGGAUUUGAUUCGUCCGUGAUGCUUGAUGGGUUACGAAAGGUUGUUAAUGAGCGAAUGGUUGGAAUACUGGAAGCCAGAGUUGACAGGUUGCAUCUCGUCAACACGGAGGUCGAGGCAGCUUUGGGAGUCAUUGCAUCUGGAGGCGUCGAGCGGCAAGGAGGCUUAUGGGAUGCUAAACUGCUGGAGAUGGGGCUUGGCAACGGCGCCGUGGCGUUCAAGCAAGCAAUUGUGAACAAUGUCCAUGGAAGGGAUAACGCAGUCUCAAGAGUCAUCAAGUCGUACGAAGAAUGGAAACGCCUGGUAGAUGAGGUAGCGACGGCAAUCGACCAACUUAAGAAACAGAAAUGGAACGACGACCUGGACAGCCUAGAGGAUGAAGAUGUGCUCGAAGAGAGGCAAAGAUCACUGAGCCAAGAAGACCCAGAACAGCUCCAAUCACGCCUGAAGGCGAACUUGGAGCAAGCUUUCAGCACCUUCCACACCAAGCUGGAAGCCUCAUUCAGCACCUACGAAAAGAGCGAGCACGUAGGUGAUACCACGAUAUUCAUCCUCCGCGUUCUUCGAGGCCUACGAGCUGAGCUGCCCGAACAAACGGAUCUCUCUUCCUUCGGGGUUUCGCUCGUGCCGAAGAUGCACCAGGCUCUUGCCACAAAGAUCUCGUCCGAGACGGUGCCAGCAUACCGGGCUGCUUUGAGAGCGAGAAAGCGCGUCGUGGGACGCGCGCUGUGGGAGGGGGAGCCUGAAUUGCCGAUUUACCCCUCGCCGUGGACUUUUAAGUUCCUGCAUGCGGUAACAGCGGCUAUGGCGGGUGUUGGACGGGACUUAUGGAGUCGGGCGGCUGUGGACGUGUUGAAGGGGUGUAUGGGUGAUGAGCUGGGGAGUAAUAUGGCCGCAGAUGUGAAGUCUGCGGAGAAGGAGGCGCCGAAGACCAAUGGCGAUGGAGAUAAUGCUGAUGACGAAACUACGGUUGAGAAGGCAGAGUCCGAGGAUAAAGCUGUGGAUAGUACUGCUGGGGAUGCUGUCGAUCCUGUGGUCGUUGCUAAAGAUAUUCUCGUGCAGACUUUAUUCGACACCGUCGUUCUCCGGCUCUGUCUGUCGGUGUCCGGCACGCCCGAGUCCAAGGACAAAUUGGUCGACCUCGAGAAGUCUUUGACAAAACAAGUGGAUUUGACGCCUUCAUCAAACGAGAGGCUCACCAAGUCGGCCCAGGAAUAUUGGAAGAGGACGAGCUUGUUACUUGGGCCUCUAGCGUAG